CCCAGAGGUGGCAGACCACGCUAGGGGGGAGCGCAGCGCACGAUGUUGCGCCGGGCAGGGCAAGCGCUGCUUCGGCAGCACGUCUCCGUGGCGGAGAGCCUCGCCGUGGCCUCGCAGCAGGCACAGGGGGUUGUGCGUGAGGCUGUGGAUGGCAGCUCGCGCGGCGUGUCCACGCUCGCAGUCAAGCAGCGCAUGAAGUCUGUGGCCAACAUCCAGAAGAUCACCAAGGCGAUGAAGAUGGUGGCGGCCAGCAAGAUGCGGUCGGCGCAGGCCAGCACCGAGGGUUCCCGCGGCAUCGUGCAACCCUUCCUGCGCAUGCUGGGAGACCUGCCCGCGGCGGAGGGCGCCCGCGCCGUCUUUGUGCCCAUCACUUCUGACAAAGGCCUGUGCGGCGGCAUCAACACCACCGUGUGCAAGUACACCCGCGCCACCAUCAAGGCGGUGGCCGACGGCCCUGUGGCCAGCGAGGGCGGCGAGCCCAAUGAGGCUCUGCUGGUGGUGAUGGGCGAGAAGGGGCGCUCCCAGCUGCAGCGCGACCAGCGCAACAGCAUCUAUGCCACGGUGGCAGACACCAACAAGGUGAAGGUGACCUUCCCAGAGGCGUCCGCCAUUGCCGAGGAGCUGCUCAAGACUGAGUACGACACCGCCCGCAUCCUGUACAACCGCUUUGUGUCGGCCAUCGCGCAGAAGCCCACCAUCGCCACCGUGCUGUCCCCAGACGAGCUGACGCUGACGUACAACCGCACGCGCCAGGCCUCCAUCACCACAGAGCUCAUCGAAAUCAUCUCCGGUGCCACCGCGCUGGCGGGCUGAGGCGGGCGCGCCCGCAGGGGCCGCGGGAGGCGGCGGCGGGAGGAGGCUACGCGCGGCCACCGCGCCGGCGGCAGCGGCGGCGCCCAGCUGCAGCCUCCCUGCCCGAGUGUGGAGGCCUGAUGCCCUCCCUGCCUGGCCCAGGAUGCUGCGUUCCUCGAGCUGGUUUUCCCCCGCCCGCAGCGUUCCCUGUGCGCCGUUGUCGGCAGGCGGGCACGCUCUGCCUGCCCGCCUGCCCGCCCCAUUGUGAGGCUGCGCUGCCGAAUGAUUCGGCGGAGCGCAUGCCUGCCGGGGCGCUGUCUGCAAAGCUCUGUAACUCACUGAAC